CUGUCUGUGUUUUAUCCUGUGGUGCUGUGUUCACGCAGUAGAACCUGGAGUUGAUGGAGUCGCAGACUCUCUCUCUCUCUCUCUCUCUCUCCCUCUCUCUGUCUGCACGCCCCACCUCGCGUUUUCUUAAGAAACGACAGCUUUGAUCCAGCUUUCCAGUUGUGUUUCUUAUUUAUCUAACAAUUCAUUCACUCAUUCUUCAUUGCCACAGCUCGCUGUCGGUCGGAGAAGCUGCGCGUUCAGGACGCCAGGUGCGGAGAUUUUACGCACAACGGACCAAAAAAAAAAUAUGGCAAAAACCCCGACUUUCCUCGCGUCACAUUUACGGAUUUAUUAUCUCCUUUUAUUGUAUUUGAUUUCUGACCGAGUGUUUGGAUCUAAUAUGUGCACCUCUCGGGGAGCUAGCACGUGUCAGCAGUGUUUGGCAGUGCACCAUUCCUGUGCCUGGUGCUUCCAAGAGGAUUUUGGGUUAAAUGGCCCUGCAGCAUCACGCUGUGACUUAAAGGAGAACCUGGUAGAAGCCGGAUGCAAAGAAGAAAAAAUGGAGUAUCCCGUCAGCCAGAUGACUGUUACCGAGGACAAACCUCUUAGCGACAAGGCCUCGGGGUCCACCACUGAUGCCACGCAGAUCCAACCACAGAAACUGCACAUCACUCUAAGACCUGAUGACUCACGGACGUUCACGCUGCAGGUGAGGCAGGUCGCAGAUUACCCUGUGGAUCUGUACUACCUGAUGGACUUGUCCUACUCCAUGAAUGAUGAUUUGACUCAGCUGAGGAAGCUGGGAAAUGGACUGGCUGAAGAAAUGAGCAAAACCACCAGUAACCUGCGUAUGGGCUUCGGUGCUUUCGUGGACAAACCAGUAUCACCGUAUAUGUACAUCUCGCCACCAGAAGCUGUGAAGAACCCGUGCUACUCGAUUCCAUACAAAUGCCAGCCGCAGUUUGGCUACAGACACGUCCUCUCUCUGACGGAUCACGUGAGCCGCUUCACAGAGGAAGUAAAGAAGCAGAAGGUGUCUCGGAACAGAGACGCCCCUGAAGGAGGCUUUGAUGCCAUCAUCCAGGCAGCCGUAUGCAAGGAGAAAAUCGGCUGGCGUCCUGGUGCUUCUCACCUGCUCGUGUUUACAACAGAUGCCAAGACUCAUGUAGCACUGGACGGACGCUUGGCUGGCAUCGUACAGCCGAAUGACGGCCAGUGUCACAUGGGUGCAGAUAACGUGUACAACAUGUCCACGACAAUGGACUACCCAUCUCUGGCACUGAUCACAGAGAAAAUGUCCGAGAACAAUAUCAAUCUCAUAUUCGCCGUGACCAAAAAUGUACUGCCACUUUACAAGAAUUACAGUGACCUGAUCCCCGGGACUGUAGUGGGGACUCUGUCUCAGGACUCACGCAACGUGAUCCAGUUGAUCCAAGACGCCUACACUAAACUUCGAUCGAAGGUUGAACUCGAGCUCCUGAACGUGCCGGAAGAAUUGAGCUUGUCCUUCAAUGCCACAUGUUUAAACAACGAGUUCAUCCCUGGACUCAAGUCUUGCUCUGGACUCAAGAGAGGAGACCAGGUAUCUUUCAGUGUUGAGGUACGUGCCAGGGGCUGCCCAAAGGAGAAGACCAAAACUUUCACCAUCAAACCCGUGGGCUUUAAAGACACACUCGAGAUCACCGUUGACUUCGAGUGUGAGUGUAAGUGCCAGGCGCAUGGGGAGCCCGACAGCCCUCUGUGUCACCACGGCAACGGCACCUACGAGUGCGGCAUCUGCCUGUGCCAUCCGGGGAGACUGGGUCCGAGGUGCGAGUGUGCAGAGGGGGAUUACAGCCUGAGCGAGCAGGACACGUGUACCGGCCCUAACAAAGUGGUCUGCAGCGGGCGAGGGGACUGUGUGUGUGGUCAGUGCGUGUGUCACAACAACGACUUUGGAAAGGUCUGGGGGAAAAGGUGCGACUGUGACGACUUCAGCUGCCUGCGCUAUAAAGGAGAACUGUGCUCAGGUCAUGGCACGUGCUCAUGUGGUUUCUGCCAGUGUUACCCGGACUGGUCAGGGGAGAACUGUAACUGCUCCACCCGCACAGAUACCUGCAUGUCCAGCCUGGGGUUGCUGUGUAGCGGCCGUGGUCAGUGUGUGUGCGGAAGCUGUGAGUGUACUCAGCCUGGGGCUUACGGAUCCACCUGUGACAAGUGUCCCACCUGCCCUGAUGCCUGCACUAUGAAAAAGGAUUGUGUUGAAUGUAAGCAUUUUAAGAGAGGGAAGCUCUUCGAAGAUGAAAGCUGUGCCCGAAUCUGCAGAGACGAGAUUAGUCUGGUUGAUGAUCUGGUUUUGAAUGAUAAGAACUCCGUGAACUGUACCUACAAGGACGAGAACGAUUGUGUCCAGAGGUUUCAGUACUAUGAGGACAACAGCGGGAAGUCCAUCCUGUCUGUGGUAAAGGAGCCAGACUGCCCUAAAGGCCCUGACAUCCUGGUCGUCCUCCUUUUUGUUGCCGGAGCUAUACUAAUCCUGGGUCUUGCCUCGUUGCUCAUCUGGAAGCUUCUGGUGACGAUUCACGACCGGCGCGAGUUUGCCAAAUUUGAAGAAGAGCGAGCACGAGCCAAGUGGGAAACGGGCCACAAUCCUCUCUACAAAGGUGCUACUUCUACUUUCAUGAACAUUACCUAUAGAGGAAAGGACUGAUCAUCAUCGAAGCUACUGGAGAUCGUUUUGGUCGUUAUUUUCUUCCAGAUGUAGCACUGUUGUUGUCAUUUCUCGUGUACGGGAUGUACAUUUCCUUGUGUGUAAAUAGAGCAGUUGCGUGUAGAGAUAGCUAAUCAUCGAGAGCCUCGACGAACAAAAUUAUGAUUCAGUUCUGAGCUGUGUUUUAGGACGCGAUAUCGUUGGAACAUUUUGUCUGCUUCGGGCUCAUGUGUAGGAUUCCAUCGCUUAACAUGUCAUGUCACUCGAGCAGGAAGAGCUUUUUAAUGCUUGUUAAAUGUUCUGUAAAUAAAUAAAGGUUAAAUAUGGAAUAAAACUCUUAUAUAGGAUAAUAAUCAGUGAUGGGUUUUGGUGUGAUGAAGCGGAGUCACUGUUACCAUGUUCAAGUCAUUCUUUAUAGCUGUGUUUCUUGUUAUCACUUAUGUUACAGCAGCUACAAACAGUUGAUUCUUCUUCAGCCACACAAAAAUGUGCCAUGGUGCUGAGAAACUGCUACGUCUUCUGUCUUUUCCCUUGCUGGAUAAACUUAGUUACAUCUUUACCUCUGCCUGUAACAAAGCACUGACACUGGAGACUCCUUCCAUAAAUAAGCAUCUCAAUACCUUUGUUCUUCUUUGUUAAAUAAUGUCAUUUUUUUAAAAAAAAAUAUAUAUAUUUCAUCCGUUUAUUAUUAUGCUUUUUAUGUGGAGCAUCCUGCAUACAAGUCCAUGUUAAUGAGCUGUUGUUGCUAUAUGUGGUCACAGUUCAUUGUUUUAAAACCAGGGAUAAAGAUGCUUUUCUUCUGUUCGCAGAUUUUAUGUUGAAAGUUUGUGGUAAAAAUAAAUAAAUAUACAGCCUCCGUGUAUGUUUCAGUUCAAAAUGUCACAAAUUGUCUUUUUUAAUGUUCACUGUAUUUUUGGUCAUGUUGAUGAAGGGUGCCAAGAAUUCCAGUGAAAGCUGUGAAAUUUUUGGGUAAGACAUUUUUUUGCUCAAUUUUGCUCAAUUGUUCAUGUCUUUAUAUUGUCCAUAAAGUCUGUCUGAUCCUGUAUCUUUUUCCAUAAAUCUGUGGCAAAACUUUAA